CCCCUCCCACGUGAGUAUUUAUGAUAAAUCAGAAGAUCCAAGAACUUACCAAAAUUUCACUCUUUCUAGGAAGUUUCGCCUGGCUUCCUCUCUGUUAACCGUCCAAAUUCAUGCCCAUCACCUUUAUCGCAUGACGACGACGUAACUGAAACAACUCUCCCAGUCUCCCUCUAAAUCCAAAUCCAAACCCAAACCCUAAAAAUCUUUAAAUUCAUAACUGCUAAUACUUCUUUUCUACUCUCCACUGCCAAUUACAUUAACUUUGUCCAUGACUUCUCGGGCUCCGAUCACCUUUCGCCACAUCAUAACCAAGCCUCGCUCCACCCCCUCUGACAGGUCCUUGCAGACCUUCCCUCCUGAGAGAUACUCCGACCUCGUUCGGCGACGAGGUAGCCCCAUAUUGGUGCCAGGGAAUUUGAUGUUACCGGCGACGGAUAUUCGAAGCCUAUCGCAAAAGCUGACGAAGUUGCUGCUGAAUGUGAAUAUAGAGAGAAGUUUAGGGCCAGUGCACGUUAUUAUGGCGCCAGAUAAUACGGUGAGGGAUUUGAUAAAGGCGGCGAUUGAGAUUUACGUGAAGGAGAAGAGACGACCUCUUUUGAAAGAUACUAAUCCCGAUGGUUUUCAGCUCCACUACUCCCAGUUUAGCUUGGAAAGUUUGAAGGCAGAGGAGAAGUUGAUAAACUUGGGAUCUAGGAAUUUCUUCAUGUGCUCAAAGCCUUCAACAGUGAAAUGCUGGUGCUCCAAGGAAGCAAAAGUAGUGGCCAUCAAAUCUGCAUUCCCAUAUAUAAAGUUGAUGGACUUCUUGCUAUAGUCCUAGAUGCUCUUUCUCCGUCUUCUCCUUCUCUUUCUCCUUCUCCUUCUCCUGUUAGUAGGAAACUGGGUUAGCAGUUGCAUGAUUUGUACAUAUUAUUAUUAUUAUUAUUUGAUAGCAAAAACAUGUCUUAUCUGCCAUAAAAUUAUAAAAUGAAAUUUUUUAAAUUAUGAUAA